AUGGCAUCCACCAUGGCUCGCUGGUUGGCCUUCCUCGCGGUGGCGGCAAUGAUCGCGACGGCGGCGGCGGCGGAGGGUAGCGCCGGAGUCAAUGGGCCGGCGCUGCAGGCGUGCAACCCGUCGCAGCUGAGCUCCUGCCUGCCGGCGAUAUCGACGUCGGCGCCGCCGACAGGGCAGUGCUGCGGGAACCUGAGGCAGCAGGGGCCAUGCCUUUGCGGGUACCUCAGGAACCCAAACUUCAGGCAGUACCUCAGCUCUCCCGGGGCAAGAAAGGUUGCUAGUGCCUGUGGGGUGCCUUUACCUCGUUGCUGA